AUGACAGAUGAGGAAAAUGUCGAGUUAGAAAGAGCAGAAAUGGGCUGGCGAUUCGUCAGAAGGCAGAUUUUCUUCCAUCUUCGCUACGUCUAUCCAACCCCGUUCAUCCAGCGAUCUGCUAAAACUCAAAAUGUUAUGCGUGAACUUCACAUCGAGAAGUUGGUCUUGAACAUCUGUGUCGGUGAAUCCGGUGACAGAUUGACCAGAGCCUCCAAGGUUUUGGAACAAUUGUCUGGUCAAACCCCAGUUCAAUCCAAGGCUAGAUACACCGUCAGAACCUUCGGUAUCAGAAGAAACGAAAAGAUCGCUGUCCACGUCACCAUCAGAGGUCCAAAGGCCGAAGAAAUCUUGGAAAGAGGUUUGAAGGUCAAGGAAUACCAAUUGAAGCCAAAGAACUUCUCUGCCACCGGUAACUUCGGUUUCGGUAUUGACGAACACAUUGACUUGGGUAUCAAGUACGACCCAGGUAUCGGUAUUUACGGUAUGGACUUCUACGUUGUCAUGGGUAGAGCCGGUGCCAGAGUUGCCAGAAGAAAGAGAUGCAGAGGUACCGUCGGUAACAACCACAAGACCAACGCUGAAGACACCAUCCAAUGGUUCAAGCAAAGAUACGAUGCCGAUGUCAUCAACAAGUAA